AAAUCAUCUUAUCCAUCAUUCAUGGCCUCCUCGGCUCUCCCUCUGCCACUCUCCCUGACAUCAACCACAGUCAGCACCGCCAAAAACAACCCUUCCCGUUCUCCACCCACCAUCAUCUCCUCCCCACCCCCCAAUCCAACUCUCAAAACUCCCACCAUCCGUUCCCGCCUUAGCAGAAUAUGCCAACAAGGCCAACCCCACCUUGCCCGCCAGCUCUUCGACACAAUUCCCCAACCAACAACAGUUCUUUGGAACACCAUCAUCAUUGGUUACAUUUGCAACAACAUUCCCCGUGAGGCCCUUUUAUUCUAUUCCUACAUGAAGAAUUCCUCCUCUCUCACCAAAUGCGACCCUUAUACUUACUCCUCUGUUCUCAAAGCUUGUGCUCUGUUGCAGAACUUUCGCAUAGGUAAAGCCGUGCAUUGCCAUUUCAUUCGGGGUUUAACAUACCCAAGUAGGAUCGUCUAUAAUGCUUUGUUGAAUUUUUAUGCUACUUGUUUGAGUUCUAUGGACAGUAAGGAAAUGGGUGAUUAUAGUAAAGGCUUCUAUUAUUUGGAAAAUGAUUUGGUAUGUAAAGCAUUUAAUGUGAUGCGUAAGAGAGAUGUGGUGGCUUGGAAUACUAUGAUUUCGUGGUAUGUAAAGACAGAGAGAUAUCUGGAAGCAGUUAAGUUGUUUAGGAAUAUGAUGAAAACAGGGAUAAAACAAAGUGCAGUUAGUUUUGUUAAUGUUUUCCCAGCUAUAUCCGGUUUAGAGGACUGUAAUAAUGCCGAAGUUCUGUAUGGGAUGCUUCUCAAGUUGGGUGGUGAAUGUGUUGAUGACCCUUUUGUUGUUAGUUCGUCGAUUUCCAUGUUUGCAGAGCUUGGUUGCCUUGAUUUUGCUAGGAAAAUAUUUGACAACUGCUUGCAGAGAAAUAUUGAGAUUUGGAACACUAUGAUUGGAGGGUAUCUUCAAAAUAAUUGUCAGGUUGAAGGAAUUAAGCUUUUUUUUAAAGCUAUGGAAUCAGAAACUGGCUUUGAUGAUGUCACUUAUCUCUCAGCAGUAAUUGCUGUUUCACAGUUGCAGCGAUUGGAUUUGGCACAGCAACUACAUGCCUAUAUAAUUAAGAAUGUACACAAAUUAUCAGUUAUUGUGGCCAAUGCAAUACUUGUUAUGUAUUCCAGGUGUGGUUCAAUUCACACAUCAUUUGAAGUUUUCGAUAAGAUGACUGAAAGAGAUGUCAUUUCUUGGAAUACUAUGGUUUCUGCUUUUGUACAGAAUGGGUUGGAUGAUGAAGGGUUGUUGCUCGUAUAUGAGAUGCAAAAGCAAGGUUUCUUAGUUGAUUCUGUGACUGUAACUGCCAUACUUUCAGCGGCAUCAAAUCUUAGAAACCAGGAAAUUGGAAAACAGACCCAUGCUUAUCUUCUUAGACAUGGCAUUCAAUUUCAGGGGAUGGAUAGUUAUAUUAUAGACAUGUAUGCUAAAUCUGGUUUGAUUAGGAAUUCAAUACUACUUUUUGGAAAAAGCAAUUCUGGCAAUAGAGAUCAGGCCACGUGGAAUGCUAUGAUUGCUGGUCUUGCUCAGAAUGGCCUUAUUGAAGAGGCUAUUGUUGUCUUCAGUCAAAUGCUUCAGCAAAAUGGAAUGCCCAAUGCUGUGACAUUGGCAUCAAUUCUCCCAGCAUGUAGUGUGAUGGGGAAUUUAGAUUUAGGUAAGCAACUUCAUGGAUUUUCCAUUCGGAAUUUGUUGGACGUAAAUGUCUUUGUGGGAACAGCUUUAGUUGACAUGUAUUCAAAAUCCGGUGCCCUCAAACUUGCUGAAAAUAUGUUUUCGAAUAUCCCCCAGAAGAAUUCUGCCACAUACUCCACAAUGAUAUUGGGUUAUGGUCAGCAUGGGAUAGGUGAGAAAGCUCUCUCUUUGUUUCACUCAAUGCAAGCUUCCAACAUUAAGCCCGAUGCCAUUACCUUUGUUGCGGUCUUAUCAGCUUGUGGCUAUGCUGGGUUGGUUGACAAGGGCCUUCAUAUAUUUAAUUCAAUGGAGAGAGAGUUUAACAUCCAGCCCUCUGUGGAACACUAUUGCUGUGUUGCUGACAUGCUAGGGAAGGUUGGGAGGGUGGAGGAAGCCUAUGAGUUUGUUGAGCAAUUAGGUGAAAAGGGUAAUUCCUUGGAGAUUUGGGGAUCACUUCUUGCAGCUUGCAGGCUUCAUAAAAAAACUGACCUGAGUGAAGUUGUGGCCAAGAGGCUGCUUCAAAUGGACGUGGGAAACAAUACAACAGGAUAUCAUGUUUUGCUCUCAAAUAUUUUUGCAGAGGAAGGAAACUGGGAAAAUGUUGAUAGAGUGAGAAAAGCAAUGGAGGGUAUGAGGAAGGAUGUUGGAUGUAGUUGGAUUGAGGUGGCUGGUUGUGUGAACUAUUUUACUUCAAAACAUCAAGAACACCCCCAAUCUGAUAAGUUAUAUGAAUUGUUAGGACUGCGCAGAGAGUGGAAAAGAUGUUGAUUACUACAAAUCCUUUCAGAGUUCUUGUCUACUUGGGAUUUCUGAAUUUGAUUACUGAAGAGGAACAUAACUCAUGGACACUGAUGAAACCUCGAGACUACAAAUGGGAGAUGAACAUGUUUUUCCUCUAGAUUACACAUUGUGGGAUUCUCUGUCCUGUUUAAAGAUUCGGAGCUUUAUUGAUUCGGGCUUAAGAUUUCUGGAGCAUGGUAUUAGAGGCUGGUUCGAGUAGGUUGCCACCUGCUUGCUAGCAGUAUCCCUUGUCAUGGUAUUUGGUAUGUAGCUUGUGCAUUGGAGAGCGAGUUGGUUUAGAUUUAAUCUGGUCGAAUCAUGAAAGGAGCAUCAUGUUCAUUGUUCAGGUCGCAAGUUUCCACCUUCAAAUCUACGCCUCUUCAUUUUCAGAGUAUGACCAAAGUCCUUUGAUGAAUGAUGAACUGAUUGAGCCAUGGUAUUUUAGAUGUACAAGUAUGUACUUUUGUAUCGGGAUUCACUAAAUAUUCAUUU